AAAUCACCUCAUAAUUUCAUGAUCUAAUUCCUUACACCUCCAAAUCCCCAUUCCUGCAACGCAUUAAUAAGAUAUAUAGAUAUAAUUAUUAUACGUAUAGAUCACACAGCUGCAUAUCCAACAACAGUCUGUUAUUACGACAAUGCGAUCUGUUAUUAGGGUUAGCUUUUCAUAUUUCUUUUUAAAUAUAUAAUUAUAAUAAAUAAAUGGGAAAUAAUUGUGCUGGCCCUAGUACUAUGGGCCGUACCGGAUUCCUUCAAUCCGUUACGGCCGCCGUUUGGAAAGGCCGUCCGGCCGACAAUGCCCUUCCCGCUCCCGACCAGCCGACAAAAGGUAACACCAAUACGAAUGAUAAUAAGCCGGAUGAUCCAAAAGGAUCUGAAAAUUCACAACAAAAGAAUGUGCAAAGUACGCCUCCCGGUACUGCUAAAAUGUCCAGUCAGGAGGCCGGUAAAGCGGUUGAAAACGUUAAGGAGAAACCACGAGGGGGUUUGGUUGGUAAUUUUAAACGAGUGCAGAGUAUCGGAUUGCAGAAUUCGGUGUUGCAGAGGAAAACGGGCAAUUUGAAAGAUGUUUAUAGUUUGGGGAAGAAAUUAGGACAAGGGCAAUUUGGGACGACGUUUUUGUGCGUAGAGAAAGAAACGGGGAAAGAGUUUGCGUGUAAGUCAAUAGCGAAAAGGAAGUUGACGACGAAAGAGGACGUAGAGGAUGUUAGAAGAGAGAUACAGAUAAUGCAUCAUUUAGCAGGCCAUCCAAACGUGAUAUCGAUUGUCGCUGCUUAUGAAGAUGCAGUUGCAGUACAUGUUGUUAUGGAGCUUUGUGCGGGUGGAGAGUUGUUUGAUAGGAUUAUACAAAGAGGGCAUUAUACGGAAAAGAAAGCUGCUGAGCUUGCCAGGAUUAUAGUUGGGGUUGUUGAAGCGUGUCAUUCUCUAGGCGUUAUGCAUCGAGACUUAAAGCCUGAGAAUUUUUUGUUUAUUAAUGAGCAAGAGGAGGCGCCCCUUAAAACGAUUGAUUUUGGGCUUUCUAUGUUUUUUAAGCCAGGUGAGAUGUUCACUGAUAUGGUUGGGAGCCCUUACUAUGUCGCCCCAGAGGUCUUGCGGAAAUUCUAUAGCCAAGAAUGUGAUAUUUGGAGUGCUGGCGUUAUCAUAUAUAUUUUACUAUGUGGGGUUCCACCAUUUUGGGAUGAAACGGAACAAGGAAUAUUUGAGCAGGUGUUAAAAGGUGAUCUCGACUUUGCAUCAGAACCCUGGCCAAGCAUAUCUGAAAGCGCAAAAGAUCUGGUAAGGAGAAUGCUUGUAAGAGAUCCCAAAAGGAGGCUGACAGCACCUGAAGUUCUUCGUCACCCGUGGGUUCAAGCGAAUGGCGUGGCUCCAGAUAAGCCUCUUGAUUCUGCUGUUUUAUCUCGUCUGAAGCAAUUCUCUGCCAUGAACAGAAUCAAGAAGAUAGCCAUCAGAGUCAUUGCCGAGACUCUAUCUGAAGAGGAAAUUGCUGGACUUAAAGAAAUGUUCAAGAUGAUAGAUGCUGAUGGAAGUGGCCAAAUCACAUUAGAGGAACUAAAGAAAGGCUUGGAGAAAGUUGGCGCCGAUUUGAAGGAUUCUGAAAUUGUUCACCUGAUGGAAGCGGCUGACAUUGACAAUAGUGGUACCAUAGAUUAUGGAGAAUUCAUUGCAGCGAUGCUCCACAUAAAUAAAAUCCAUAAAGAAGAUCAUAUGUAUGCUGCUUUUUCCUACUUUGACCAAGAUGGUAGUGGAUACAUCACUGCAGAUGAGCUUCAACAAGCAUUUGACAAAUUUGGUUUUGGCGAUAUGCAUAUUGAUGAUGUUAUGCGUGACAUUGAUAAGGAUAAUGAUGGACGUAUAGAUUACAGUGAAUUUGUGGCAAUGAUGAAAGAAGGUGAAUUUGGGAAGAAUAUAAGCCUACGAAUCGUCAUCCUUGUAAAGAUACACCCGCCACCAUGGUUCUGAUUAGUUAGGCAAUUCUUAUAAUCUUUGGGGUUCUUUGAGUUGUUUGUAAGUUUGGCCAAAAUGUAUUAAGUUUCACAUGAUCAUUUAGUGUUGUUUUAGCAAGUUGAAAUUUUCAAAAAGCUGUCACCCACCCUUACUUUU